AUGUCUCUUGCGCGCGCAGUGACAAGGCGCAUGAAGCGGACAGAUGAGCCGAAAGAGUCGACUUCGCCCACUCGCAGCCAGAGUGUCAAAAUCAUGGGCACCAUCGACCGCAACAAGAUUUCUCUUCCCAUUGCCCUCAUCUCGACGACGAACCAGCUUUCGUACGACGCGCCCGACAUUGCGACGCUGAAAACGGUGUCCUCGAUGGCUGCCCUCAGCCCCUCUUCGGCAGACGACUCGGACCACAGCGUGUCCACACGCUCCCGCGCUUCCUCGCACGGAUCCAGGGACACGACGCUGACGGAUGCUUCGUCUGUGGACCUUUCGCCCAUUUCGCCAGCGGCCAGCCAGUUCGCAGGCCAGCUGCCCACGGGCGGCAAGCUCAAAAAGUCGGCCUCGACCACUAGCCUCAAGAGGGUCAAGGAAGAGAUUGUCGAGCCUAUUCCGAGCAUCCCAGCGAGGGCACUUUCGCACAGCAAGCGCGCACAUGAGCGAUUGGCGCACCAGCGAUCUCUCAACAACGUGGGUUCUCGCGGCAGCAUGGGCUCGCGGGGCAGCAUCAGCUCCCUGCGCAGCUCGCGACAAGAGCAGCGCGCAUCACUCGACAUGUUCAAGGGCACGAUUCUCGAAGAGGGCCACCCGUUUGGCCGCGAGCUCGAGCAGCUCAACGAAGUUGUUGAGGAGUUUGGCGGCGUAGUGCGUGACGCCGAGGCCCAGGCCGACUACUCCAUCAUGCAGACUAAGAACCUGGCCGCCUAUUGCGCAGCUGACUACCUUGCGGAGAUCAGGCCACUCUUCAGCCAGCGAUUUGGCAUGCCUCACCCGGCGCCCUCGAUGGCUUGGAUUUGA